AUGAAUCAAAAUCAUGUUAUCACAAUAGCUGAAGAGGUGAAGCUCAUGAACACCCAAAUGAAAGAAUCACCAAAAUUACUACACAAAUCAGCUGGAAAGGACACUUGUUGCAUAUUCAGAGUUCCCCAGAGUCUAUUCGAGAUCAACAAGGAAGCAUAUCAACCUCGAAUCGUCUCAAUCGGCCCAUACCACCAUGGAAACAAAAAUCUUGAGAUGAUCCAAGAGCAUAAGUGGAGGUACCUGAAAGAUUUGAUCGAAAGAACAGGUAAGCCAAUUGAUUUUUUCUUGGGAAUCGUAAUGUCAAUGCAGGAUCAAAUUCGACAAAGCUACUCAGAAUCUAUUGAUCAAUUUUCCGCCAAUGAUCUUGCUAAAAUGAUGGUGCUUGAUGGGUUUUUCUUGAUUGAAUUAUUCCGAAAAGUUGGAAAGUUGGUUGGGACUGAUAAAGAUGAUCCCAUUUUCAGAAUGGUUUGGGUGUCGCCAUUUUUAAUGAGAGAUCUUUUGAGAAUUGAGAACCAAAUCCCAUUUUUUGUUCUCCAAAAGUUGUUUGAUGUAUCUAAAGAUGUGUCUAAACCCGAUGAUCGCACACUUUCAACUUUAAUCCUUGAGUUUUUCAAUUACACAGUUGAUAGGCCAAAAAGGGUACUAAAUAAACUCAAGAAUCUUGAAGGCAAACAUUUACUAGAUUUUUUCCGAAAAAGUUUUAUAAACUCUACAGAAAAUAACCCUGACAGGUCCAAAACCUCGUCCCUUAAACUUAUCCAGCCAGCAACCAAACUCAAGAUCGCUGGGGUUAAGUUUAAGGCAAGUCAUGAACCCGAUAGCUUCUUGGACAUUGAGUUCCGAAAUGGUGUUCUUUUGAUUCCUCAAAUAAACAUGGACGAUUUUUACAGUUCGUUCUUUUUGAAUUGUGUUGCUUUCGAGCAGUGUUAUUUUCACUGCAGGAAACAUAUUACAACUUAUGUUGUGUUCAUGGGAUGUCUAAUGCACACCUCGACUGACGUGGGUUUACUUUCGGAAGGCAAAAUAAUUGAGAAUUAUUUUGGUACGGAUAAAGAGAUAGCGAAAUUCUUCAAAAGUGUUGGGAAAGAUGUAGCUUUUGAUAUCAAAAACAAUUACUUGUUGGGAUUGUUUGUGGAAGUGAAUGAGUAUUGCAAGAAUGGGUGGCAUGUGAAUGUGGCUGGGUUUAAACAUACAUAUUUUGAGAGCCCAUGGGCUGCAAUUUCGGCAUUUGCGGCCUUUUUGUUACUUUCUCUUGCGGCUUUGCAAACAAUUUAUACUGUCUAUCAGUAUUAUCACACUAAGAAAGAGUAG